CGGCGGCGGUUGCCAGGAGCCCGCGUUGUCGCUUCUGAGACCCGUAAUAUGGCGGGGAGGAGGAGGCGAAGGCGGCGGCGGACCGAACUGUGCUCUGUCAGUACAAGUUGAGCCAUUUGCUUCCUGCCUGACAAGGCUCGUGGCGAAGGGAGAAAGCCUGACGGGGCCGUGGGGCUUCAGGUGUGGACCGCAGGUGGCAGCAAAGAUGGCUGAAGUAAUUUCGGUCCCCGCCACCCACGUGGGAGACUUGGAUUGAGUUCCCGUUUCCUGGCUUUGGCCUGGUCCAGCCCUAGGUGUUAGAGGCAUUUGUGUGACUGUUGGACGAUGGAGGACUAUGAGACGUUCUGUGAGAAGAGCCUUGCCAGAGCCCGGGAGGCCUGGGUACGCAGCGAGAGCUUCCUGCCCGCGCAGUGGGACGGCGUCUCGCUGAUCCGCUUCCGUGGAGUGGCCGUGCUGUCGCCACUGCUUAGCACUGAGAGAAGGAAGGAAAUGCAGCAAGAGAAGCAGAAAGCACUCGAUGUGGAAGCGAGAAAGCAGGCCAAUAGGAAAAAAGCCUUACUAACUCGUGUCCAGGAGAUUAUUGACAACGUUCAGGUUAGGAAAGCACCUAAUGCCAGUGAUUUUGAUCAGUGGGAGACAGAAGCUGUUUACUCGAAUUCAGAAGUCAGGAACUUGAAUGUUCCUGCUACACUUCCCAGUAGCUUGCCAAGCCCUCCUGAGCACUCUACUUCAGCAAAGCUUGAAAAGAUAACUGGAAUUUUGCCAUUGGAUGAUGAGGACCCGGGUGAAACGAACGGGCUGGACUCCUCUGGAGAUUCAGGGGGGCUGACUUCUCCAAAGCAGUGUGAUGGCUCCGAUACCAGUCGCCCAGACAUGGAAGCUUCUCCAAAGCCCUCCUCAGCCACCCCACAAGAGAUGCUUCUUUCUGAUGGUCUCCUCCCCACAAAGGAAGAACAGCAUCCAUCACGCUUGGCAGAGGUCAUCCCAGAUCCCUACGUAAUGAGUCUCCAGAACCUGAUGAAAAAGUCGAAAGAAUAUAUAGAAAGAGAACAGUCGAGACACAGUCUGAGAGGUGGUGUGCGGAGGAGCGUUCAUGAGACUCACUCCGACAAAGAAAAUGAUGCUGUCAAGGUGCCUGAUGGUCUAAAGGAGAAGGCACCGUCGACGAGCAAGCACCACGGCUCAGGCCUUCCUGACAAGCCAGGCCUUCCUAAGUCAAAUGCCCUCCAAGGUGCUUCCACCCAGGCAAGCAGCAUGACCCUGUCUGUUUUAGCUAGCUUUCCUAAAGUGGGCAUACCUGUACAAACUGGCCAUCCCACCGUUCCAGAUUCGGAUUCUGAUUUUAAAGUUACUCCCACUUUGGUUAGUGAAAAUAAUGUUGUCAAAAGUCUUACAGGUUCAUACGCCAAAUUACCUAGUCCGGAGCUAAGCACAAGUCCUAAGAUGCACCGGAGACGUUCCAGGCCGUCAUCAGCAUGUCAUAUACUCAUUAAUAACCCGAUAAAUGCCUGUGAACUAAGCCCUAAAGGAAAAGAACAGGCAGUGGACUUAAUUGUUGAAGGUACUGAUGAAAAAACAAACGUACCUGAAACCGUGCCAGAGUUCCCAGUUGAUUUACCAGGCGUGUGUUCGAGCAAGGUGCACGUCAGCAAAACUGCACAUGAAGCCCCAGAAGACAGCACUUCAGGUCGGUCAGGUCAGGUGUGCCAGUCUGCACGCCAUCAAGUAGAAAAUAAAGUUUCUCCUGGCCUUGGUACCGCGGAAGGUCGGUCAGCCUCCGAGGAGAGAGGAGCACACAAAAUGAACAGUGCGUGUACUGCAAUGCCAAGAUUGCCUGAACUGCGUGCCACUAGUCCGUCUCGAGCAGGUCAAAACUUUGGACCCGCGAGUGGACUCCAGUCAGCCAGUACGUUAGAGAAAAACUACAACUUACAUAUGGAACUGAAUAAGUCUUAUGAUGUAAAAAACCCAUCUCCUUUACUGAUGCAGAACCAAAACACCAGACAGCAGAUGGACACACCCCCAGUGUCCGGUGCAAAUGAGCAAUUUCUGGAUAACAGUUUUGACAAAGUUAAACGGAGACUUGAUUUAGAUAUCGAUAGUUUGCAAAAAGAAAACUUCCCCUACGUCCUAACAACUGGAAUGGCUGAACAGGAAAGGCAACAUUUACCGGAGAAAAGAUACCCUAAGGCAUCUGUCUACAAUAACAAGAAUAAAAUAUUGGAAACUAGUUUGAAAGAAGGUGAGGGGAUCCUAAAAAGUAAGAUGCUGGCGUUUGAAGAGAUGCGGAAGAGACUAGAGGAACAGCACGCCCAGCAGCUAUCACUGCUCAUCGCUGAGCAGGAGAAGGAGCAGGAGAGGCUGCAGAAGGAAAUAGAAGAACAGGAGAAAAUGUUGAAAGAGAAGAAGGCGAUUACAGUGGAAGCCCCUGAGUUGGACGUUAACAGUGUGGUAGACUUGGAGUGGAGAAAAAUCAGCGACUCUGGUUUGCUAGAAUCAAUGCUGUCCCAAGUGGACUCAUUCCAUACUUCACAUUUAAAUAGUUCAGGUUUCACGAAUUCUGCCCUGCAGUACAGCUUUGGUUCUGCAAAUGAAGCACCAUUCUACCUCUGGGGAUCGUCCGCUAGUGGCUUGACCAAACUCUCAGUCCCAAGGCCUUUCGGAAGGGCCAAAGCUAGAUGGUCUCAGGUUUUUAGUCCAGAAGUACAAGCGAAAUUUAACAAAAUAACUGCGGUGGCAAAAGGAUUUCUUACUCGUAGGCUUAUGCAGACAGAUAAGCUGAAGCAGCUUCGACAAACUGUGAAAGAUACCAUGGAGUUCAUAAGAAGCUUCCAGUCAGAAGCGCCAUUGAAGAGAGGCGCUGUGUCAGCACAAGAUGCCUCCCUUCAGGAAAGAGUGUUGGCUCAGCUGCGAGCUGCCCUGUAUGGUAUCCAUGACAUAUUCUUUGUCAUGGACGCGGCUGAAAGAAUGUCCAUUCUACAUCAUGAUCGCGAAGUUCGCAAAGAGAAGAUGCUCAGACAAAUGGAUAAAAUGAGAAGUCCACGGGUGGCUCUUUCAGCUGCAACACAGAAAUCACUUGAUAGGAAGAAGUUCAUGAAAGCUGCUGAAAUGGGAAUGCCAAAUAAGAAAUUUCUGGCUAAACACAAUCCCUGUGAAACAAGAGUCCUUCAGCCAAUCCAAGGACAGAAUGCACCCGUUCAUAGGCUACUUAGUAGACAAGGAACCCCUAAGACAUCAGUGAAGGGGGUUGUGCAAAGUAGACAGAAGUCUUCACAGAGCAGAGUGCCUAACAGAGCGCCUGUUUCAGGAGUAUAUGCAGGAAAAAUCCAAAGAAAGCGGCCAAAUGUUGCGACAAUUUAAGAAGACAACACUCAUUAGGAUAAAAAGUGGGGGAAGAUGUAAUAAUCUGUAUAUUUUUUCCCCGUGCAAGACUUUAUAUUUAACCCUGGACUGUUUACACUGGCAAAGUGACAUCAAAGCGCUGAGCAGUUGUCUGGAUAAUUUGGUCACUCUGGUUAAUCCUGUCCCACACCCCCGUUUUUCCCCUCAUACUAUUAGGUUGGAGUGAAGACAAAUGAGAGUUGAGUAAUUGCCUCACUCUGUUCUUAAGCUAUAAGUUUGUUUUAUGCUCCCAGAUGUCUACAGAGACCCUCUUUGUAAACUUAAAGGACUUUGGAUUUAUUUUUCAAUAUUGAAAAGACUUGCAAAGUUACAACCAAGUUCUGAAACAUACAUGUCGUUCAUCUGUGCAUACCGACUGCUGAAUUUGAUAAACAAGUUGGAUACCCUGCUAGCAAAGGGGAAAUGACUGCAGAAGAGCGUUUUUUCCUACUGUGGCAGCUUACAAGCAUGCGGGUUAGUCUCUCAGUGGCCUGACUCUCUGACUGACAUGACCACGUAGGAUAAGACACUGGCCUGCUCACUGUGGUCCACCUAAGGUCUAUCACAGGAGACGCGUGGGUCACCAGUUUGGUCGGUAGCAUACAUGCUGGUAAAUGACCAAUUGUCUUACAGAAAUGCGAGGUUUCAUGGAUGCUGUCCUAGUACUGUAAGAACUAGAUUACUGGAUUAGCAGAUCUUUGUGCGGGACAAGACAGCACACUCUUCAGGAAUGUAGCUCUUGAGACUGUGUUAUCAUGGCCAUCUCUGUAGAAUAAGAAUACCAUGUUGCAUGCCAUUCUGUUUUCCAUGUCGUCUGUAUGUUUUAUUUCUUCAUAGUCUGCUUUAUCUAGCAUGCUUGAUUUAGAAGAGAGGGAAGGGCUAUAGCAUACCAUGACAUACCCAUCUUUCACACGGGGUAGUAAUAUUACCGAGUUAGAAUUCUGCAUCACUAACAUAUUUGUUAAAAGUCCCAGCCAACCACUGUUACCAAGAGAACAUCAUUCGAUCACAGAGAAAUAUUGCUUAAUUUAUCAUGCCAUUUCUAAAAAGGGCUUUGUUCUUCUCACAUGGACCUGGGCCUGUGUAUAUUUAAUCUUUCUAACUUGAAUUUUAAAGAGAUGCUGGUAUUUUGAAAACGCAGCCUAUAUUUAUUCUUAAUACCUGUAAGAAUAUGGAGAUAAACAUUGUUUUUCCCCCCUAAUUUUCUGUGUCAUUUAAAAUUGAACUUACGUAUCCAGCUGUAGGAAGAAAAUAUAAUCUACUCUGGAUUUCAAUUUGGCUUUCGUUAUUGGGAUGCAUCAUUUAUUGAAUGAGUGAACCAGAAAACUAGGAGACAGUCGAAAAAUGUCCAAGUUACCAACUUUUUUAUUUAUGGGGAAAGUAUACCGAAAGAUUAUCUUCUGAAUAGGGUCGACUGCGUAAUAACUCCGAACACUCAGGAUACGGCUUGUCCAUGUCAUUGUAAGUCUCCAGUAAGACAGAGCUAAAGAUUUUGUGCGUUGUAAUACAGAUUAGUUGAAACUCAUAGUGCAUUUGAGAAAAAGUUGUAACUAGUUUUAGGUUAAGAAUGAGAAAUGUGAGUGUGUUUUUAAUUUAAAGACUAAAGUGUGGGGUUUUAUUUUUUUCAACGUUCAUAGCUGUUUCUCAUUAAGUGCCAUUGUUUUGUGCUUUUGAUGAAUUUUUAUUUAUAUACAUUAUUUUUAUCAUUAUUUUUACUUUGACUGGA